AUGGCCCAUAAGUCGGAUUUUCGCAACCCACUUAUCGAUUACCUCCUCCCACGCGCAUUGGAAAGACCGACGUUCCCAUCUGCCAUUCUGUAUCUUGCAUUUGUAAUGAAGUCCAGAUCAAAUUAUGCGCCGACUUCACGUAACACAACGCUCGAGCACGACAUUGUUACAGACCCGGAACUUGGCUUGCAUCUAGAGAAGGAAGCGUUGUCUGAUGCCGAAAACAGCUUGGUGCAAGCGGCCGAUUCAAGCUUGUCUCUCAACACCCUUGCUACCCUGCUAAUUGUCUGCAAUGCUUACAUUGCAUCGAGCAACUCUCAAUCCUUUUUAUCUGCUUAG